GAGUAUGUAUGUCCAGAAAAUUGUUUGUUUAACUCUUGUUCAAAAGUUGGUAAAUGUGUGGAUGGUUUGCAUUAUUGGAUUUUACGGAGACACGUGUAAUAACAGAUGUUUGCAAACAUGUGCAAACUUAACUUGCGAUCGAAAAUUGGGUACUUGCAAGCAAACUUAUAAUGAUGCACAGGUAGCACCAAAAGAAGCUGAUCCAGAGCUUUCAUUAGAGGGAAUUAUAGGUAUCUCUAUUGGAGCCGUUGUCGUUGUCAUCAUCUUUGUGAUCGUCAUUGUUUGCUGCAUCAAUUACAAGAGACGAUAUGACGAUGCCAAAACCGAAAUACAUCUACCUUCUGACGUCAUUGAACGCUUAUCGACGCACAGAUCACUCCACAGUACAACGUCAACGAACUACCCGGUUGCCAGAGUAGUUGGUGACGACAACGAGAAAGAUUUUGUUCUAUUUUAACGUAGCGAUGCUCUAGAAACUUUUGACGUAAUUAAUUGGCGGGGCGGGCUUAAAUGCCGAAUACUCAAAAUAUAGACGAUGAUAUUUAGUUUCAUAAUAGCAAACCAGUUCACUCAAAAAAACAACAAGUACUCCAUAUUUCAAUAUCUUUUGAUUUUAGUUUCAUUCAUCAAGGACAUUUGCUAUGAUGUAGCUAUAAUUAGUUUGUUAGUUGUUCUUAUUUUCACCUGUAUGAAUGAAGACUUGUACUGCUUUUGAAGCAGUUUGUUAUAAAAUUGCAAUGUGCCAUAUAUAUUUUAAUACAGCUUAUAAAACAUAAAAAAGAAUCAUUUGAACAUUUAAAGUAAAUAAAAAAUUUGCCCGUUAUUGUUUCACUGUUCAAAUAUUUAGUAAUCAGUAUUUUAGGCAGAAUAGGUGCAGGGAAUUAUGGGCUUUUUUGUAAAAGGAAAGAUCAGACUCAAUGUACAAACUCAUUUUCAUGAUCAUUUUUUAAAUAAUCAUUUCUUACCAAAAACAUACAUCGUAUAUAAUCUUUUAGUAACAUAAUUAUUUUGUUCGUAUAAUUAAAAUGAUAAAUUUUCGGUUGUGAUAAAAUAAAAACAUAUUCAUACAUGUAGUUACAUAUAUGAUUUAUGAAGGAAAAAAACGAGCGAGGAUUUAAUAUUUUCCCAUAUUUUUAGAAUCACAACAGCAAGGGUUAAGUGUUUUGCUGUAGCUGUAAAAAGGUUUUCCUGUAUUUCACCUCAGUGUUGUUAUAAUUUUCUGAUCCU